GUGAAUGUCAAUCAUCGUUCCUAUAGAACGCUUAACAGAUCAUCUUCUUUUACUUCUUCCAAAAUGUUUUCAGUUGUCCACCCUCUCCACUCCACAACAAUGUCUCAAUCUGCCUUCUUCAAAUUCAGUUAACAACAACUUCUUCAUCACAUUCCUCUCAUCUUCCCUACGAUCUCGAUCGCACCGCCGCUUCUCCGCACAACAGCGCUGUCCGCAGAAGCCGCGCCAGAUCCACCUCUCGGUUUCCUCGGCGCCGCCGAUGUCAUCGUCGUUGGUGCUGGCGUCGCCGGUUCCGCUCUCGCCUACACCCUCGCCAAGUGUACGAAUGGAGCAGGGCACUGUGACAUCUCUUCUUGAACAGGAUAACAAAAAUGUUGUAGGGGUCCAGUACAGAACUAAAGAUGGUCAACAACUUAAAGCAUAUGCUCCCCUCACAGUUAUUUGUGAUGGCUGUUUCUCAAAUCUGCGUCGGUCUCUUUGCCACCCCAAGGUUGAAGUACCCUCCUCUUUCGUGGGUUUAGUUCUGGAGAAUUGUCAACUCCCAUUCGAAAAUUAUGGGCAUGUUAUUCUAGCUGAUCCUUCCCCUAUCUUAUUUUAUCGUAUCAGCAGCACUGAGGUGCGCUGCUUAGUUGAUAUACCAGGUCCAAAAGUCCCUCUUGUUCGGAGUGGAAUAGCCAAUUACCUGAAGGCUACAGUUGCUUCCCAGAUUCCGCUUGAGCUUAAGGAUGCUUUCCUAUCUGCAAUCGAUAGAGGAAAUAUUAGAAUCAUGCCUAAUAGUAGCAUGCCAGCUGAACCAUAUCAUACUCCGGGAGCUCUGUUAAUUGGUGAUGCUUUCAACAUGCGUCAUCCUUUGACUGGUGGAGGAAUGACAGUGGCACUGUCUGAUAUAGUUUUGCUGCGGGAUCUUAUCAAGCCAGUUGGUGACUUGAAUGAUGCAUCCUCACUAUGCAGAUAUCUCGAAUCCUUUUACAUCUUGCGCAAGCCUAUGGCAUCCACCAUAAAUACUUUGGCAGGUGCUCUGUACAAGGUCUUUUCAGUUUCACCAGAUGAUGCCAGAAAAGAACUGCGCCAAGCAUGUUUUGACUACGUGAGCCUUGGAAAAAUAUUUUCUGGUGGACCCAUCGCACUACUCUCUGGCCUAAACCCUUACCCGUUGAGUUUAGUUCUUCACUUUUUUGCUGUCGCAUUCUAUGGGGUUGGCCGUCUGCUCUUACCAUUCCCUUCAUUUGAACGCAUGUGGGUUGGAGCUCGAAUUGUUUUGUGUGCGUUUGGCAUAAUAUUUCCAAUCAUCAAGGCUGAAGGAAUAAGACAAAUGUUUCUCCCCACAUCCAUACCAGCUUUUUAUAGAGCUCCUCCUCUCAGGUGAUGCUUUGAGAAUUAAUACUCACACUGCUCUCUCUACUAAGCAUUUUUAACUUCAAAUUAAGGGGAAUUUUAAUGGACGCAAAGACAUUUGUUAUGCCACUUGGAUGAGAUUGUCGAUGAGGAGUUUCCAUUGGUUGUAGCAUUUAAUUGAUCAAUCUCCUUGGCUGUCAUUGUACCAAAAGAAACAGGCAUUUUCCUUGAACCUGAAAAUUGUGAGCAUGUCCCAUAAAUUGUAUUUAUUUUCCGUGAACCAAAGAAAGAUACAUACAUUCCGGUUCUUAACUCCGAAAUAGACAGGAUCAUUACGGACUUGCAAACAAAAGGUAACAAUACUAUAUGUUGAAGAAUAUUGUGUGGAAAGAAAAUUAUAUACUUCUGGUAAAUUGAUAUA